AUGGUCAUCAUCGACGACCACGAGUACCUCUCCGCAGAGGAGAAGCGGCUCAAAGAAGAUCGCGAUCGAGUCCGCUACUGGAAGAAAUGGGGUCCCUAUGUUGCCGAGAGGCAAUGGGCCACUGUGCGUGAAGAUUACUCUGAGAACGGCGAUGCGUGGAGUCAUUUCUCGCACGAGCAUGCUCGGUCAAGAGCCUACAGAUGGGGUGAAGACGGUAUAGCCGGAGUCAGCGAUACUCAUGGCCGGCUCAACAUUGCCUUUUCAUUCUGGAAUGAGAAAGAUGAUUUUCUCAAAGAACGGCUUUUCGGUCUCUCGAACCCCCAGGGUAAUCAUGGUGAGAGUGUCAAGGAGUGUCAUUUUCAUCUAGACAAUACCCCUUCGCACUCCUAUAUGAAGUUUCUUUAUAAAUAUCCGCAAAAAAAGUUCCCCUACCAGGAACUCGUCGACGAAAACGCACGUCGCGGAAAGGACGAGCAUGAAUACCAGAUUCUAGACACUGGCGUCUUCGCCGAAAACCGGUACUGGGACAUCUUCAUUGAGACCGCCAAGGAAGAAGACGACGAGGAGGAACUGUCUUUUCGGGUCAUUGCUUACAAUAGAGGUCCAGAGCCCGCACCACUGCACAUUGUCCCCCAUGUGUGGUACAGAAACACCUGGGCUUGGGGAUGGGAGGAUAAGGAGAAGAAACCCAAAAUCAAGCAGACUGGGCCGCUUACCGCUAAAUCUUCGCACCAUAGCCUUGGUGAUCGAUACGUGCGCCUCUCACCGUCGCCACCUUUCAAUGGUGGAGAAGAGGACAUCCAACCCCAGAUGCUCUUCACCGAGAAUGACUCUAACAACAAAGCACUCUGGGGGUCAGAAAACGAUCAGCCGUAUGUCAAAGAUGCGUUUCAUCGCCACAUCGUUGAUGAAGAAAAGGGGGUCAUUAACCCGGACAAUGAGGGCACCAAAUUCGCUGCCUGGUACGCUUUCGAUGAAGGCGACGGCGUUCCUCCAGGCGAGUGUGUUGUUGUUCGGUUCCGCUUUUCUAGAAAGGACGAGGAAUAUCUCAACGAAGAGGAACUUGAUGAUGUUAUAGAGCAGCGCAAGGGAGAAGCCGACGAUUUCUUUUACCGCAUCAACCCCCUCCCCAUUGCCGAUGAUCUCAGAAACAUCCAGAGACAAGCCCUGUCUGGAAUGAUGUGGACAAAGCAGUUUUAUCACUUCAUAUGGGACCAAUGGGCCAAUGGGGACCCUAACACAGUACCGCCUCCUCCCGGUAGGAAGAACGUUCGCAAUCAAAACUGGCGGCACAUGUACCUCGAUGACAUCCUGUCCAUGCCUGAUUCAUGGGAAUACCCUUUUUUCGCCGCAUGGGAUAGUGCUUUCCACUGCAUCCCGCUGGCCAUGAUCGACCCCGACUUUGCAAAGAAGCAGCUUGAUCUGCUCACCCGGGAAUGGUACAUGCACCCUAAUGGACAACUCCCUGCCUACGAGUGGAACUUUAGCGACGUCAAUCCACCAGUUCACGCUUGGGCUGUCUUCAGGACAUUCAAGAUAGAACGGAAAAUGUACGGUCGACAGGAUCUCGACUUCUUGGAACGCGUGUUCCAAAAGUUACUUUUGAACUUUACUUGGUGGGUAAACCGCAAGGAUACUGAUGGCAAAAAUGUUUUUGAAGGAGGUUUCUUAGGCCUCGACAACAUUGGUCUAUUCAACCGCUCCGAGCCACUACCUACCGGCGGUGUGUUAGAACAGGCCGACAGUACCGGUUGGAUGGCUUUCUAUUGCCUAAACAUGCUGAACAUUGCUCUUGAGCUUGCAAAACACCGUCGCACAUACGAAGACAUUGCGUCAAAAUUCUUCGAACACUUUGUAUUGAUUAGCGAUGCUAUGACGUUUAAAAACCAGGGCACUGAAACCUCCUUGUGGAAUGAAGAGGAUAACUUUUAUUACGAUGCCAUUUCCUACGGAGGCCCAUGGACUCAACAACUUCCGGUGCGCUCGCUCGUCGGUCUAAUUCCGUUGUAUGCCGUCCUUACACUCGAACCCGAAAUCAUCAACAAGUUUCCCUCCUUCAAGCGCCGGCUCGAUUGGUUCAUCGAAAACAAAAACGACGUCGCAGAACGGAAUAUUGCGAGCAUGCGUCGACGAGGUAAAGAUGACCGCCUGCUGUUGGCUCUUGUCAGCAAGGAUCGCCUCGUGAAGAUUCUCCAACGAAUGCUGGACGAGACAGAGUUCCUUUCGGAUCAUGGCAUUCGAUCUUUAUCUAAAUUCCAUAAAGAGAACCCAGUCUCGAUGGAUGUCAAUGGCCAGGAGUUCAAAGUUAGCUACGUUCCGGGUGAUUCUGACAGCGGGCUAUUUGGUGGUAACAGUAACUGGCGUGGACCAAUUUGGAUCUGUGUCAAUUUUUUGCUCAUUGAAUCUCUCUUGCGAUUUUACAUGUUCUAUGGCGAUACCCUCAAGGUGGAAUGUCCGACGGGCUCCGGGGAUUACAUGCAUCUAGGGCACGUUGCCGAAGAGCUUCAACACCGCUUACAGCACCUGUAUUCCAGGGACUAUGACGGCCGACGUGCCAUCAACAACAAGAAUGACCUUCUUGACUUUGACAAGCACUGGAAGGACUACCUGUGGUUCUACGAAUUUUUCGAUGCCGACACCGGCCGCGGGCUGGGUGCAUCUCACCAAUGCGGAUGGACUGGGCUGCUGGCGAAAGUUAUUCAUGACACGGGCUUGAACUGCCGCUUGCCACAAACUCCUCGUACACCAACAACCGCGGCGGCCCAUUACUUUGACGAUAUCUUCUCUCGCUCUGCUAAGCCAAGCAAAACUCCAAACAGCCGGUUGCGACGAUCUUCCACCAGUCGUUCUAUCGGCAAUCGCAGUGACUUUGAGGCUGCUCUCGAUGGAGAUGCUGAAAGCGAAGACGGCGCCCACUCGUACGAGGCGAACAAUCGCAACAACGAGAGCGAUGCGCAUUUCAACAACUAUGUCAGCGACCAACUCAACCGCGUAAGAAGCCGCACGUCACUAGCAGCAUACGAAGACGAGUUUGAGGCGCAGCUGGAUGCCAAUGGUGCCAAUGGACAUUGA